CGUCCACGAUCCCCCACGGCGCCUCCAUGCUGCUCACUGGCCGACUACCCAGUCCAUCUACAAGCUACUACCCCAGCCCUCCCGUCGGGUAGUCGCGCCAAAGGCGGAGCUAUGGUCCCAGCCCUUCCGGGUUCCCGUACCUCACCAGGGCCGGGAAGAAAGGAGGAAUCGACGUGAUCUGAUGACGCUCGCCCGUCGGCGGCGAACAUUGAUGGUGUCAUCGAGGGCCCGCCCACCCGCCGGCGACCCAUUUCCGAGCUGCACCAGAGCAUGAGGUGAGAGUCUGGUCUUGGAGCCAGCUGCUGGGCGACGCAGAGAAAUGAGAUGGUGACGUUGGAUCUUAUGGAGGCCAUUUGGAUUCUCAAGAAGACUUCUCAAAGUGGAAAGCUGUAGAAUAACUGAAGCAGAAUCCUUGAGUCCACGAGCUUGGGCAUCACUGAUACAGAAGCUUAGCAGAACACCUGGUAUUUUCUUGUUGGAUCAAAGAAAAGUAUUCUCAACCAUGCCUGAAAUAGAAACAAAUCAGAGAGACUCUGAAUUGUUUUCACCCCCCUCUGAUGUUCGAGGAAUGACAGAACUUGAUAGAACAGCUUUUAAAAAGACAAUCACCAUCCCGGUGCUUAAAGUGAGGAAAGAAAUAGUCAAUAAAUUGAUGCGAUCUCUUAAAAGGGCAGCACUGCAGCGCCCAGGCAUAAAACGUGUGAUUGAAGAUCCAGAAGAUGAAGAAAGUAGACUAAUUAUGUUGGAUCCCUAUAAAAUGUUUACUGAUGAUUCCUUUGAGAAGGGAGAACUCAGUAUUUUAAAGCAGCUGAAUGUCAGUCCACAGAUAUCUAAACAUAACUUGGAACUAACUUAUGAAAACUUUAAGUCAGAAGAAAUCUUGAAAGCUGUGCUUCCUGAAGGUCAAGAUGUGACUUCAGGGUUUAGCAGAGUUGGACAUAUUGCCCACCUGAACCUUCGAGAUCAUCAACUGCCUUACAAGCAUUUAAUUGGCCAAGUUAUGAUUGACAAAAAUCCAGGAAUCACCUCAGUGGUAAAUAAAAUUAAUAACAUUGAUAAUACCUACCGAAAUUUCCAAAUGGAAGUGCUAUCUGGAGAGGAGAAUAUGAUGACCAAGGUUCGAGAGAACAACUACACUUAUGAAUUUGAUUUUUCAAAAGUCUAUUGGAAUCCUCGUCUCUCCACAGAACACAGCCGUAUCACAGAACUUCUCAAACCUGGGGAUGUCCUAUUUGAUGUUUUUGCUGGGGUUGGGCCCUUUGCCAUUCCAGCAGCAAAGAAAAACUGCACUGUAUUUGCUAAUGAUCUCAAUCCUGAAUCCCAUAAAUGGUUACUACACAAUUGUAAAUUAAAUAAAGUGGACCAAAAGGUGAAAGUCUUUAACUUGGAUGGGAAAGACUUCCUCCAAGGACCAGUCAGAGAAGAAUUAAUGCAGCAGCUGGGACCACUGUCAAAAGAAAGAAAACACUCUGUGCACAUUGUCAUGAACUUGCCAGCAAAGGCUAUUGAGUUUCUCAGUGCUUUCAAAUCACUCUUAGAUGGACAGCCAUGUGGCAGUGAGCUUUUUCCCAUUGUGCACUGUUACAGCUUUUCCAAAGAUGCUAAUCCUGCUAAGGAUGUUCAGCAACGAGCUGGAACUGUGUUAGGCAUCUCCUUGGAGGCAUGCAGUUCAGUUCACCUAGUAAGAAAUGUGGCCCCUAACAAGGAAAUGUUAUGCAUCACUUUUCGGAUUCCUGCUGCUAUACUUUACAAGAACCAGACCCUAAAUGGAGACAAUCAUGAAGAUCCACCUAUUAAACGCCAGAGGACAGAUAAAGACUUUUAGGAAGAAAAAACACAAACUGCUUCAAUCACUUAAUUGGAAAUAUUUUCUCCAGCUCCCCACUAGACCUUUAUGUAGUGAAAUAUCAUUUGUAUGAUUUGUAUAUUUUAGCAUUCAGUUACUUUAGUAUUGAACCCUUAUAUUUUGCCCUAGCUGUCUUAUAAAUUGGGGAUUAUCAAAUUUAAAUAAGUCUACUAAAUACAUUUUUAUGUUACAAUUAUAAUUUUAUCAUCAAAUAUAUCUAAUAUUUUAUUAGAUAAAUAUAUUUAAAUAUUGUCUUUCUCUUGGGAAAAUAGUUUUUGAAGGUAGGAUAAUUGCGUGCUAACUAGGAAAGAACUAAUCAUUUUACAGUUAUCCUUAGUUGAAGAGUGUAGCUAAGUCUUAUAUAAGUACUCCUACACUAUUACUAUAAAAGUACUAACAAAUGAGAUUAUUUCGAUCAGAGAUAGGCAGACUCUGUCCAGCAGGCCACAUGUGGUCCACCACCUGUUGUUGUAUGGCAAGUGACCCGAGAAUGGUUCUUACAUUUUUAAAUGGUUGAAAAAGAAUCAAAAGAAUAAUAUUUUGUGACAUGAAAAUUAUAUGAAAUUUGAAUUUCAGUGUCCAUAAAUAAAGUUUUAUUAGAACACACCAUACUCAUUUGUUUACAUACUGGCUAUGGCUGCCCUCAUGGUAUAACAGCAGAGUUGAGUAGUUGCAACACAGAUGGGAUAUGAUUCUCAUCACUUCAUACUGCUGCUCAGCACACUACAAAUCACAGUGACACAGUUACAACUCAACAGCAUUUUGAGUGCCAUGUGUAUUGCCAAGCUAUUACAUUUUAUUUUACUAUUAUCAGUAUGUAUCCCUCAUUCCAAAAUAAGAAAAGUGGCCAUUCAUGCUGUGCUUUUAAGGCACAGUAGAGUGUGAAUUUUUUUGACAUUGAAUUAGAUGACAAAGCAUCCAUACCUGAGCUAAAGUACAAUAUACUUUGACAUUUCUCAAAGAAGUACUCAUCACAGUAUUUCCAACUCACAGGCAAGCAACUGUCAGAAAAAUUAGGUAUUUAAACUGGAAAUUCAUGGCAGAAUUUCUUCACAAAAUGAAAGUGAGGCUACAACCAAAGUAAGUCUCCAAGUGACUCUUUUGUUAAGCCAAGCAAGGAAAACCAUUUACUGUCGGUGAGUUAAUUGUUUGAAAGCAGCAGUCUAAGAAAUGUGUCUGGAGAAAGCAAACUUGUCUAGGACUGUUGACCUUUUGGCAAGGACAGUUGCUCAGGGUUGAGAACAUUGGGAGCACCGUCAGCAGUCAAAAAGGUAGUGAGUCCAAGUAGUUCUUUACUCUUGAUGAGUUGAUAGACAUUACUAAUACUGCUCAGUUCUUGUUUAUUUGAGGCGUGAAUUCUGACUUUGAAGUUACUGAAGAAUUAGCCUCUAUGAAUACUCUGCACGCAACAACUACUGGUGAAUACUUUCAAAGAAACUGAGAAAAUUAAUUCUGUAAAAACCUGAAGUAGAAUCUGAUGUGUUAUAACUGAUGAUGGCUAAAAAGAAAAGUGUGAGGUAGAAAAAGCUCUAGUUGGAAAAAUUUACAAAGCUUAUGAAAAUGCACCGUGUUUAAAACCUAUAGUUAUUCACUAUAUUAUUCACCAGCAAGUACAUUGCAACAAAUAUUUGAAUCUGUCAUGUGUUAGUGAACCAGUAAUGUCAAUGAUAAACUUCAUUUGCUUUCAUGGACUUUAACCAUCCUCAGAGUCCUUGAAUUUUGUCAGAAAUUGAAGCUGAAUUUCUUCAGCUUAACCUAAGUUUUAUUUGCUUAGCAAUUGUAAGGUAUGACUGCAAUUUUUGGGGGUCAUGGACAAGACUGAAAUUUUUCUUAAGAAGAAUCAACCUUAAACACUUCUAAAAUACUGAGUGUCUUUGGAAAUUAGUUUUUGCUAAAGACUUGAUAAUAUUUCUCAAAGAUAUCAACCUACAGUUACAAGGCAAACAUAACUUUAAUGUGAAACAUACUGCAGUAGUCUGAAAUGACUACAACUGUACAUUUCUCAUGCUAUCAAAAAUUAAAACAAGAAACAAGAUUUUCAUUCUCAUAAAUUAGCAAUGGAUAUAUUUUCUGAGUUCAGCAUUCUUGGAACCUUGGUGCAAAUGCAAAGGAAAUUUCCAUAUUUCAAAAUCCAUUUAACUACAAUUGAACUUCCAUCUGAUCUUCAAUUGGAAGUGAUUAAUGUGUUAUUGUAAUGACAUGCUAAAAGGCAAAUACCAAGGGAUUAAGAAUCUCAUAGUUUUACAAAUGCCUUCCAAGUGAUGUAUAUGUUCAGUUAAAAUCACAUGUUCUAGAAUUUGGCAGUAUCUGUCUGAAAAGACUUUUUUAAAGAUGAAAUGUGUAAAAUCUCAUUACAUAUAACCAUCAACAUGUGAUCAAUUAAAAUUCAUUUUGAUGAUAGGAACACUUAGAACCCCAAUCAAAGGAAAUGUAAUUCUCCAAAAAGCCCUACAAAAAAUGUACUCAAUUGUAUUUUGAAGUCUGUUAAUUUAAAAAAUUGUGCCAAUUUAUUGUAUCUCUUGUAUCUACAUAAUGGCCUCAGUUUUGUCUCUUGGCCCACAAAGCCUAAAAUAUUUACUCUCUGGUCCUACAGAAAAAGUUUGAGGACCCCUAAUCUAAGUCAUUAAUUACAAACUCAAAUGCCUUCAGAAGCUAGGUAAUAUAAAUAGAUGAUGGCAAUAAAUGGUAAGAAGUAUAGGGAAGUAAUGACUUGGAGCUUUUAUUCCUUAUCGAAAGACACUUAAAAUGGUUUUGGAGUCAACCCAACCUAUCCUAUGCAAAACCUUGAGGGCUAAUUCAGCCAGGGAUUGCUAGUUUGGGACUUCUAAUUUUCUUCCUCUCCCUCCCCUCCAAGUGUAUGUAGGGCAAGGGUCAGCAAACUUUCUGUAAAGGGCCAUUUAAUAUUUUAGGCUUUCUAAGCUAUAAGGUCUCUGCUGCCUCUCAACUGCCAUAGUAGUCCAAAAGCAGCCAUAGACAAUACAUAAACACAUAUUCCAAAAAAAAAAAAAAAACUAUGAACACUGAAAUUUUAAUUUCAUAUGCUUUUCACAUGUUAAAAAGUAUAUUAUUCUUUUGGCUUUUUCCAACCUUAAAAGUAUACAGACACCAACCUUAACUCAUGGAGCAUACAAAAAAAGGAAGCCCCUGGAUUUCGCCAGAGGUCUACAGUUUGCCUUCUCCCGAUCUAGGUGAAGAUAAUUAAUUUGCAAGUAGGCAUAAGAACUUUUUUCCUAGUACUAUAUUGAUACAUCCAUGUGCUAGGCUAUAAAUAUUAAGUGUGGGUGCAAAUGAUAUUCUUAUCCAUAUGUAAAGUGGUAAGAUCCAUUUAGUCACCCCUUAAUUAGAAAAAAUAUGCAGUAUAUAAUUGUAAAGAAAACAGAAUUCCUGGGGCUUCCCUGGUGGCGCAGUGGUUGAGAGUCCGCCUGCUGAUGCUGGGGACACGGGUUCGUGCCCCGGUCCGGGAAGAUCCCACAUGCCGCGGAGUGGCUGGGCCCGUGAGCCAUGGCCACUGAGCCUGUGUGUCUGGAGCCUGUGCUCCGCAACGGGAGAGGCCACAACAGUGAGAGGCCUGCAUACCGCCAAAAGAAAACAGAAUUCUUUAAAUGCUUCUAUUAACACACUUUAACCUCUCCUCCUUUUUCCCUCAGAGUGGAUAAGUGAACAUGUGAUUAUUUCAUUAUUUAAAUUUGGCUCAUCCUGAACUUUUUGAUGUGAUACCUAGUAACUGAACUCUUGGUUAAUCCACUAGAAAAUGACAGCUAGAGCACUCAUUAGGUAGAAUUUUUUAAUUUUGUUAACUUUUUGACAAGUUUUCUGCCACGUUAAUUAGAUUUUGAAAUGAUUAUUCCAAACCACCUGCUGACAGCCUAAAGGUAACUUCUAAGAGAAGCUUAACUCAAAUAUUUAUUGAAAGAAAUUAAGGAAUACUAAAUAAUAAUGCAUCCUAAUUACCAAGUAAAUGUAUUCAAUCCAUUAAUGUCUGCAUAAAAGGGAGUGCAGUUAGCAGUCAAAUCAUGUUCUACAUAAUGAAUUCCUCAGGACUUCUCUCAAGGAUAUCAACACCAUUAUUUAGUUGAUGUCACUUCUAUCCCAUAUAAGAACUAGAUACUUGAUCUGUAAAAUUUCCUGGAAGUCUUAAGAAGUUUGACUACUCAGAUUUGGUUUUGCACAGCUGUUGUUUAUAAGUUUGACAGCUAUCUCUAGAACAUGGACUCUGCAGUUUAACCACUUGGGUUCAAAUCCAAACUCUUCUCCUUUUAAGAUGUAUUGACCUUUGGUAGGUUGCUGAACCUCUCCAUGCCUUAGCAUCUCCACCUGUUAAAAUGGGGAAAUAAUAUUAGUACUGUUAGAAGGAUUAGACAAUUCAUAAAGCAUGAAGCACAGUGCUUGGCAUAUAGGUUAAUGCUCAGUAGUUGUUUCUGUGCUAGUGUUAUAAAAUAUUAAAAGACUUAUUAAAUUCAUGUAGAUGAAAAGACUUGUACAGCCUUUUGUCUCUGAGAGAGGAAAUCACUGGGAGGAUUGGGGAUAAUUUCAUCAAUGUAGAAUAUUUGUUAUUUAGUGAAUUGUUGCCAUUAGGUUAUCUUUCACCAUUCCCUUUGAUCUAAUAGGGUCAGUUAACUUCUAAACCCAGCCUAUUGAACAAAGUAUGGCCAUAGUAAGGGCAAAAUAAUUACAACAUAUCUAGGUGGUGGAAUUUAACUGAUUUGCCAAAUCAGGUGCAGGCAAUUUCCACAAUAAUUAAGGUAGGCUCAAAAAAAAGUUAUGAAAGCCUUUGAAAUGUUUUGUUAAUAAUUAGUUCCUUCCAUUUAAAUACAUCAUACAAGGUACUGAGAAUAAAUAAUAGUGUUUCUUUUUUAAAGAGUGGAUACCUUACUUUGGCAGCUGAGUACAGAAAAUCUCUAACCACAAGUCCAACGUUCUCACUAUUCUUUGAACAGAUUUAUGUAUUGUACUUAAAAUGCUAGUCCUCUGUUGGGGAAAACUAAUAGAUAUAAGAAAUAGGAUGCAGACUAGUAGAGUUAUAGAAUUAGACUUGGAUAAAAAACUUUUGUUCUAAUUUUGGCUUUUACUAACUUGUGUAUAUGAUCUUGGCCUACUCAAUUAUUCAAUGCCUUGGUUUUCUCAAUUAUCAAAGAUAGUUAGAAGUGUUAUAAAGAUGAAGAUGUACUCCUGAAAUUAAUACCUACUUAGUCAAAUAAGAUGGAGCUGUUGCAUAUGGAUAUUCCACCCUAAUAUAACCCACAAAUCUUGUUUCACAUAACUUUCCACUCUAACAACUGUUGUAAUGGAGAUUUAAUAAAAAAAUCCUUUAAUUCCCUUGAGAAACGAUGUCCCAUACCCAGUUGUCUAGGUAACAGACUCAUACAAGGUUGAGAUGCUACAAAUAUAUAUCCUAUCCACAUCCAAACUCUUUAAGCAACAUUCUGGGUAUACUAAAAGCCUUUGAAGUUUCAACAGAAACUGUACCAGAGUGUGCAAUUUACUCAUAGGGAAAUUUCAUUUAAAAUAUAUUCAUUCCAGUCUCGAAGGUUUCAUCAUAAAAUGAGCUCACAUUGAGGUGAAAGGUGCCUUUUAAGGAUUAAAUUUUGUUAACUUACUUCUUUGAAUUUGUCAUGAAAGCAGGUUAGUACUCUGGUUUAGCCUAAGCGAGGCUCACAGCUGGGAACUAUAACACAUUGAUCAAGGUUCAUCUCACUUUCCACUGCUCAAAACAGACACUGAGUCCUUAAUGUUGAGAGACUGACAUUAUCACAGGUCAAGUUUUACUUGCCACAACCUGUUGGUAGAAGGAAAUAUAUCCACUUGUCUGGACUAGUAUUAAGAAGACAUUGGGGAAAAAAUGGAACAUUUUAUGAGAAGAAAUAACAGACUUGGAUAUUAACACUAAGUGUCGUAUUCAAAAUGGCAUUUUUAAUGUGUGUUCAAGUAAAACACUGUAAUAAGAGAAAAACCACAAAACAGUAUAAAGUCUAGCUUUAUUUUUUAAAAGAUUUUACAAGUCUAUCAACCUCAAACAUACACAGGUGAAUUAUUCAUAGCUUCCAUUGGAUGAGUCUUAACAGCUUCAAUCCCUCUCAGAAAAAUAUAAGUAAAAAAUAAAUUUCUUCACAAAUAUUUAUCCACUAUAUUACUCAGCUUAGUUCUGAAAUUUGCUCUCUAUAAAUACUUUAACACAGCUGCUAGUGGUAAUACUGUUGCUGUACAGCUGCACAUGGCUAUAAUUUUACAAGUAUGCUUUACUUUUGCUAGCUCCCUGGUUCGGCUCCAGGGUCCAAAUCUUAUAGAGGAGAAAUAAAGGUUAACUGGGCUGCCAGAAAAGCCCACUGAAUGCAUCCUGUAGUGCUCUGUGACAAGCCAGAGAAGAAGUAUAGCCUCCAGCAAGGUCCUGUGGAGAGGCAGCUCUGACAUGGUUUAAAUACCUAAAACAAAACAAAAAGUGUACCAUUGAUAUAGAAAGCACAUAAAAUUGGUAACACUUUAAAAAGCAAUAGUAAAACUGAUUCAAAUGUUAAAGAAGAAUUCUAAGGCUGAAAUGUUCAGACUUUAUAAAUGCAUUAUUUCCUUUUAAAAGGAAACAUACCAACUCUAAAUUAUAAAG